AUGGUAUUAUGGUUUCCUAAAACCAGGCGCAAUAAAAAAUAUAAACUAAGACUAGCAGAGUUUUUGGCUAAAUGCGAAAGUAAAUUAUUUGAUGUUUUCUCUUGUAAAUGCGAACCAAUUUCUUCUUGUUCGUGUGAAAAGUCGCGUAAAGUACCACCUCAAGAACAAGCAUUUUUAGAAGAUCAGAGGACAAAUAGAAAAAUGGCAUUAGGACCAGUUGAUGUGAAAGAAACUGGAAGAAUUUUAAAGUUAGAAGAAAGAAAACAAAAGACAACCAAUAGAAUUACUAGUUUCACGUUUCCUAAAACCAGGCGCAAUAAAAAAUAUGAACUCAGACUAGCAGAGUUUUUGGCCAAAUGCGAAAGUAAAUUAUUUGAUGUUUUCUCUUGUAAAUGCGAACCAAUUUCUUCUUGUUCGUGUGAAAAGUCGCGUAAAGUACCACCUAAAGAACAAGCAUUUUUAGAAGAUCAGAGGACAAAUAGAAAAAUGGCAUUAGGACCAGUUGAUGUGAAAGAAACUGAAAGAAUUUUAAAGUUAGAAGAAAGAAAACAAAAGACAACCAAUAGAAUUACUAGUUUCACGUCAGUCAUCGACAGAGAAAAGUCGACUUUAAGCACUACAUUGAAAAGAAAAGGACCUAGUUUUGACGGAGUAGUUAAGGAUGAUCCUUCCUCCGUUUCUUCUCGUGUUCAUUACCUGUGUUGA